AUGGCUUCUUUCAUUAAUAUUAAUUCUGAUACUGAUGAUACUUUUGAGGAAGUUGACUUUGAUGAAAUAAAUGAUGAAAAUUAUUCUCAAGUACAAAAUAAAGAUGAUAUCCAAGUUCAAAGAGCAAUGAAAGAUAAAGCUCGAGUUGUAUUUUGUGAUAUUCAGUAUUCGCAAAGUGGCAAAGGCAGAAGUUCAACUGUAAAUUGUCCAUUUUUUGAUGAACCUAAUAAUGAAAAAAUACAAAUUAUUAAAGAUCAAAGAAAAUGUGGAGGAAUCAAGAUUUGUCCUUUUGUGCAUGAGCAUAUUAUGCAUUAUAAGCAUACUGAUGUUGAUUUUGAUUCAAAUAUUUUUCAAACUAUUAAAAAUACUGAGGAAUCACGAAGUAUUCAAGUCAACACAUUAUCAUUUUAUUUGGCAGCUAAAAAAGUAUCUUGUCCAUAUAUUCAAACUGAUGGUAGUCGAUGUAAUGGUGACUUAAUAAUCAAAAAACGACGGAUGCAAACUCUUUUUUCAAGUGAAUCUAUAUCACAACCGAAUACUAAUAAGAACAAUGGAUAUUUUGUUGGUUGCACAUCUUGGAAAUAUGCCUUCCCACAUAUAGAUAAUAAUGGAAAUCCUAUAGAGGCUAAUUUAAUUCAUUUACCAUGUAAUGUUACAUUUUAUCGACUUACACCAGUGGAUUUAAUUAAUUGUCCAUUCAUUGUUCUUGUGAGUGUUGGUAAAUAUACUCAUCCGCCACCACCACCAAGUCAUAUUCCGGAAGCUAUAAAAGAUCGUUUUUUUGAUAGCGGGCAUAUAAUGGUCCUCUGUAUGACUAAAGAACAAGCAAUAAAACUUUAUGAAACGAAGUAUUUUCAAAUGGACUUAACUUAUAAACCUGUACAAGGUGAUAUUAAUGUAUUUAAGCUUAAUAAAUAUGACAAAAAUCAUCAAAUAAUAUUAACAUUCGCAAGAAUUUUUACGAAUAUUUCUAAUGCGGAUGCUUAUAGACGAAUGUUUCUAAUGAUCAUUGAGGCCAUUAAAAAUUUAACUAAUAAGUCUGUUAAAAUUCAGCAUAUUCAUGAUGAUGGUUGGUGUUGUAUCUUGGGUGACUUGGAUAUUGCACAAGCAAAAGGACUUGGACUGGCUUUAUCAACAAUUGAUUCAACUACUCAAUUAAUGCAAAAUAUAUUGACUGCAGAAAGUUUUGAAAAAAUCCAAUUGAUAUUAAAUGAAAUAUCAUUAAUUGACGAAGCUGGAAUUGAGGGUUUAAGCCAACAUUGUUCUAAAGUUAAUCCUGAAAUUUGGUAUAUUGUUGAUGAAACAACAAAUAAUGCUGAAUUAGCACAUGCAGACAUUAAUCAUGAGGGGAAAGAAUUAAAUAAAUAUGGGGUUGCAAAAACUGAACAAAAUAAUGGACCAAUAUCUCAUGCAUUACAAUCAGUCAAACGAUAUGAAGAACGUCAAUUAGAAAUUGAGGAAAGAAAAGAAAGACUCAGAGAAGCCAAACUUCUUAAUUAUGAAAAAGCACGUCGAUUAGGUAUUGAAAAAGAGCUUGGAUAUGAUGAGUAA